AAUGAAUAAAAAUAAAAAUACUCCCUUUAUCAAAAUUCUUACUCCCCGCUCGCAAUCUAGCAAGGAUAUUUGGAAAGAAGUCCUUCAACCGUCGGCGAUGGAGCUUCUCCUCCGCAACCCAGCCAACCUCCGCCGCUCCUCCUUCAAAGUAGAGUCAUCGUCCAAGAAAAUCCCAGAUUGUGACAGUAAUUCUCGGUCCCAGGGCCUCCAAUUUCGCAAGUUGUCCAAGAAGGACCUCUCAAGAAUCUUGAGAACGGAGGCGGCCAUUAAAGCCAUCGAGAAAAAGGCCAAUUCUUCCAAGUACAAGAACCUCUGGCCUAAGGCUGUCUUGGAAGCUUUGAGUGAUGCAAUUAAGCAAAACCGUUGGGAGUCCGCUCUUAAGAUAUUCGAUCUUCUACGUCAACAACAUUGGUAUGAGCCAAGAUCUCAGACAUAUGCUAAGCUGCUAGUGAUGCUUGGCAAAUGCAAACAGCCAAAUCAAGCUAGUAUGCUUUUUGAGGCCAUGCUUUGUGACGGCCUCCAACCUACAGUUGAUGUUUACACUGCACUUGUGGGUGCCUAUGCCUUCAAUGGCCUUCUUGACAAGGCAUUUAGUAUUGUCGAAGAUAUGAAGUCCGUCAACAAUUGCAAACCUGAUGCUUUUACGUACUCUAUCCUUAUUAAAUAUUGCAUUAAACAACAUCACUUUGAUAUGAUUGGGCUGAUUCUAGAGGAAAUGUCACAUUUAGAAAUUGAAUGUAGUACUGUGAUAUAUAACAUCCUAAUUGAUGGAUAUGGAAAAGCUAAGUGUUUUGAAUUAAUGGAGAACUCAUUGACUGACAUGAUUCGAAGUGGCAAGUGUUUUCCAGAUAUUUUUACUUUUAACUCUGUAGUUGGAGCUUAUGGUGGAUGUGGAAGGAUUAAUGAAAUGGAGAAGUGGUUUGAUGAGUUUCAGCUUAUGGGAUUGAAGCCUGACAUAAUGACAUAUAAUAUUCUGAUCAGAUCGUAUGGGAAAUCUGGCUUGUACCAAAAAAUGGGAUCUGUUAUGGAGUUCAUGAAGAAGAGAUUCUUUUCUCCCACAAUUGUUACCUACAAUAUAGUAAUUGAGAUAUUUGGAAAGGCUGGAAAUAUCGAGAAGAUGAAUGAGAUGUUCCUGAAAAUGAAACACCAUGGUUUGAAGCCUAAUUCUAUUACUUACAGCUCUCUUGUCUCUGCAUAUAGUAAAGCAGGGCUCUUGGGCGAAGUUGAUUCAAUUUUAAGGCAAGUGGAGAAUUCAGACGUGAUACUUGAUACACCUUUUUUUAACUGUAUCAUCAAUGCUUAUGGCAAUGCCGGUGAUGUAGAAAGGAUGAUGGAGUUAUUAAUGGCAAUGGAGGGGUGUGGAUGUAAACCAGAUAAUGUAACCUUUGCCACAAUAAUUCAAGCCUGUCGUGCCCAAGGGAUGAUUGAUAUUGCCCAGAAUUUGGAGAGUAAUAUGACUCAUGCUAAAAUUACAUCAGGAGGAAGUCGAUUGGAUGGAACGAGAGAAACCAUUACAGAGGAUGAUUAUCCUGUGAUCGUCGACUGAGAAGAAGUUCUUUACCUCCCUCACAUCUUUGUGUGGGUGAGAAUGUUUAUUUUUUGCAAGGUUAUCCAAGGGGAGGCCAUGCUUGAGUGGAAAUAAUAAUAACUAUGGAACUCUUAGCAAGAGAUGGAACAUUUUGGAGAUCUCUCUACUAUGAGCUCACAAAAAGACGGCAUAGCUCCAAAUGCAUGGUUGCUGAUGUGUGCAGCCGUUCUUCUUGUGCACUGUGGUCUCCUGCUAUUCAUGAUUCAGUUGCAGCUGGUGAAAGUUGUGGUGUAUUCUUAUCGAGUUAUUUUCUGCCGAAAGGCUUACAUGGGCCUGAAUGUAGCUGAUACUAUAUAUGUCCUUGAUUUUGUCAUAAAUGCCAGGAUGAUGUGCAAGGAAGUCACAGAACAGUAAUAAGCUGUUGUUUGCUACAAUUACACAAUACUCAAUUGCGUCCAGGAAGCUAGUUCAAGAAUGAACCAAGAUGAAAGGAUACAAGUUCAGUCAGCAGUUCGACUGGCCGGUAGUUUGAUAUGAUUAUAGCUGUGGAGCAGGAUUCUUGGUGAAAGAUUUUGAUUUCUUGUUGAGGAUAUAUACUAGAAAUCAUCAAAUACAUCUCUCUGUACUGGUAGGAAUUGAAAAGGUUUUCCUCGCACAUGGGUCUCAAUCCACACCUUCUCAUUGGUGUGGUGCACAAUAUGCAACGGCAGAGGAAUAUGAGUGGUUGCUUUACGUGAUCAGGUGAUUUUGUUUUAGUAUGGCAAAGCUUGUGGCAAAUAAGGAGCAUGAGUGGGUUGAGUAUGAUAGGAGGUCCAGUUCCACAUCUUCAGCCAGAUGACUGUUCAUAUGGUUCGACUUCUCCCGGAAGCGCUUUCUUUGUUAGAGUACCAGAAUACCUAAAAUCAAAGGUCAAGAACCCUGGUCAAGACUAUCUACUGAAGCCACGAGGUUUUGACUGGAUUAAAGGACCAACCAGGAUUUCAGAGCAGCUAAAUAGGUCCUAAAAAUCGUGUCCGGAGAGCUCUUGAAGAGGAAUGUUCAAACGGUCAUAAACCUUUUGUUUGGGUUUUCAAUCUACAAGUUCCAAGUAAAGAUAACUAUAGUGCUGUUGCUACGUUGUGGUUACGGAACCCAGCCGAUUCAUUGAUUAGUUGAUUCCUGAAAGGUGAUGAAGGAUUUAUGACUUCAAGAUUAAAAAUGAUCCAGCUAUUUGGCGAGCCGGCUAUCUGCAUUACUGGCCGAUCACUUUCUACCAAGUACUGUGUAGGACAAAACUUUAUAGAAGUUGACAUAGAUAUUGGAUCUUCAAUGGUUGCAACUGCUGUUGUUCACCUGGCAUUUGGGUACUUGACAACACGUAUUGCUGAUCUAGCUUUUCUUAUUGAGGGUGAAAGUGAGUCUGAGCUGCCAGAAAAAACCUUCGCAGCUAUAAGAUUCUCUGAGCUUGAUGUUGCUUCAGCAAGGCAUAUUGAACUGACAUCUGAAGACAGCAUGGGAUAUGCCUCUCAAUGGGUAGGAUCAGGCCCGAUGCCAAGAAAGACUCGAAAAAUUACUCUAUACCUAGUCCUACUCAUUCCAUUAAACUCAACUCAACUCAAGAGCUAUGGGUCUCAAGACCAUGCAACUCUAGACACAACCAAGAUUUAGUUUUCGAGUAGGAUCAGGUUCAGACUAUUUUUUUUUUUUCAAAUUUAUUUUUUUCUGUAAAUCAUACUAAUUAAUUUAAAUUUCUUUCA